AGAGGAAUGAAGAGGAAUGAACGAAGAGAAGUUCAGGAAUAGUGAACGGCUAAAACGGUCGAUCGAGGUCUUUCCUAUUGACUAUUUGCGGUUCUCGUCAGCUCUUUGUUCUGCGACAGUUGGCGGUUGAGCAACCAGGACAAGAUAAACAAACAGAUGAACGGAGAGAAAUAGUGUCAAAGGAAAGGAAAGGCAAGGGAUGUCGGCCAAAAAUGCGAACAUUUCUCGUCCAAGUGCCAGUAACGGAAGUAAGAGAAGAGAAGCAGGGACUACCAGAUUUGGAAAUCGAUAGCCUGGAAAGCACGCUAAUUGUCUGUACUCACCCUAAGAAUAGAAAGGAAACAACAAGUAAAGGAGGAGGCAAAGGACAGGGGAAAAAACAGACCCAAGCAAGCACAAGCGACGACAAGAAAGAGACAAGAGAGGAUAAGAGACAGAAAAUGGAGGAAAGACAAGACGCUGGGCAGACGCAACUCACCAGGAAGCGGGCAAAUUCAAGGACCCAGAGCCAAGACGACAACGACGGAACCCAAGACCACACCCGGGAAUUUCAUAACAACCAGUGCUCACUGUUUGCUUUGAUCCGAUGAAGACGAGUCAAUGUCAAACAUGAGUCUGCCUGUGGUAGGCCAGAUACUUUCUUUUUCUUUUUCACCUUCUCCUUUGUUUGUAGCGAGUUUGCCGAAGAAAUGGGAGAAAAAGCGCAAGCAAAGGCUA